UAACAACAUUACGUUCACUAUUUACCAUCUACGCUAACGAUUCAUUGAAACAACAUGGACGUCGAGGAGCGAAAUGUCCGGAGCUGUGGAGACAACAUCGUGGAGAUGGUUGACAUGGACGAAGAAAACUUUGCUAUUUCCAGCUCCUCAGUUGCAGAUGCUGCAUUUGAUGCUGUUAUUGGCUGCAUAGAGGACAUCAUCAUGGAGGAUGAGUUUCAGCGGCUUCAGCAGAGCUUCAUGGAGAAACACUAUCUGGAGUUUGACGACUCUGACGAGAACAAACUCAGCUACACGCUCAUCUUCAAUGAAUAUGUUGACCUGCUGGAGAAACACCUGGAGCAGCAGCUUGUGGAGAGGAUCCCUGGCUUCAACAUGAACACUUUCAUAGAGCUGCUCAUGCAGCACAAAGAGGAGGUCCCAGGCGACAUCUUUGACAUGCUGCUGACGUUCACUGACUUCAUGGCCUUCAAGGAGAUGCUUCUGGAAUACAGAGCUGAGAAGGAGGGUCGAGGUCUGGACCUGAGUCAGGGGCUGGUGGUCACAUCUCUCAUCCCUGCAGGCUCCAAACACACUGGCUCCACUGAGUCACAGUGACCCUCACACACUCAAAAAGUCAAACUCUUGAAUUGCCUCGUCCUUCAUGUGUUCAUGUCAGUUUUUUUUCCCAUGAGAGAGUCUUCAGAGAGUUGCCAGCUUGUGGUCAGUGGCGUUUGCGAUAUUUUCUUUGUACCCUGAUGGCAAGCUGCAGGACACACUCUACAUCUAAAUUUAAAUCUACGGCAAGUUCAUAUAUGCAUUCCUGUGUGUUUCAUGUGUUGGGAUGGUAUGUGUGUUCUCCGGACCCUCUCCGUAGUUUAAGAGUGAAGAUGGAAGGUUUUCACGUCUUUCUACUCCCCAACCAUUACACUGGACAUUGACUACUUGAAAUAUUCACAUCUCUAAAACAGGGAUUUGCAAGUGAGUGAGGCCUAAUCCUAACUUUACAAUCAUGCCCUUAUCCACAUGUAUUUUUAUUAAGAUUUAGCGUUUAGGGUUCUACCUGGUUGGGGAGUGGGUACCCAAAAUUCUGGUGCUUGUACAAGGCCAAUGCUUGUGAUUUCAGGUCAUCCUGCUGAUGAUUAUAUGAAAACGGUCAACAGAUCCCAGUAACAGUAAGGAAACCAUUUUGAUAUGAGUGAAUGUUUGAAUGUCUGCUCUCUUUGAAUGGUAUGUUUUUUUCCCUAAGAAAAGGAUAUAACAGAACUAAUAUAUGUUUUAUGAAAUUUUAAAUUAUUUGUUCAGUUUGAAAACUCAUUUGAUUGAGUUUUUGUGCCUGUGAAAGUGAUUUUGAAUGUAUAUAGUGAUUGUGUGUGUGUGUGUGUGUUUGCAAUCAGAAAUAAGAUUUACAGUAUAGUUUUCAGUACAAUGUUAAAGUGUUUUCUACUCGUCUUAACAUGACAGUUUUAAUAUUUGUUAUUGCUAUAUUACUGUCGAUGUCACAUUUGUUAGUAAAACUAAAAAAAAAUCCAAAAACAAAUAAACAAGUA